AUGAAUCGGGACGGCUCUCCCGACGAAGACAUCGUCGACGCUGGGUCGGUGACGACCGCUCGCGAUCGCGCCAAUGCGACGAGCAGCCACGAGUACAACCCGUGCGGCGCCAGGUGGCAAACCCUUUUCGAUCCCCGGGACAACGUGGUUAUCUUCCUGCGGGCACACGGUUUCGUCAUGGUGAUGCGUGCACGAUUAGUCCCUCGCCAUUUGGUGGACAUCCUCAACCAACGGAGCGACCUGAAGAAGUCGUCACUAUGUGCACCGGCCAAGCGAAGUCAACACGCGUGGCAGGUGUUGCCGCCGCCCAAUCAACUAACCCCAGUGGAUGACGUCAACAUGGGCGACGACGACGGUUAUGCUCUACGAAAGCGGAGCGACGUGCUUUCAUGCUUGAAGUACCACAAAACGUACAUGGGUCCUUUCUCCAAGUGGCGUGUUGCCUUGUUCGACAAAAACAAAGACCACAAAGCUGUCACGGAAGAAUAA